AUGGAGCAACAAAACCAAACUGAAACAUUCAAAAUAGUCCAACCGCGACUCUUCUUUGCAGAUGAGACAGAAGCUAUGGAUAUAGACGUCAGGGAAACACACGCAGAGUUUGAUGACUUUUCAGACAGCGAAAGUGAUUUGUUGAAACUCUUUUCGAUGGGCCGCGAUGCACUUGGGUUAGGGUUCUAG